GGCCCGGGAAUGGCUUCCUUGCUCCCCGCGGCUUCGCGGAGCGUCACUUGUUGCUCCAACUGUGUGCUGAAGUCGGAGCGACUCUGGCUGUCCAGCUGUCCAGCGAACUGUGUGUUGAACGGAGUGCCAAGCCAGGCCCACUCGGAACCUCGGAUCUCAGCCCUUCAUGGAGGCCGGGCCCCAGCAGGAACGGCGGUGGAGGAAAUUGGCACCCAGAUGGUUGCUCCAUGUGAAGCUGUCGUGGGCUGUGGGCCGACUCAGGAACACCUGGUAACCAGGCGAGCCCUCUGUCAGUCACCCAGGGCCGGGCGGCAUGGUGCGGGUUCAGAGGAGGAAGCUUCUGGCGUCUUGCCUGUAGUGGUUGAGCUAGGAAAAUUUGAAGGGAAGAAGUUUAAAAAUUCUAAUUUGAAAGAUGGACAUGCAAAAAUGGAGGGCGAGCGUGCACAGCUCCAGCCAUUCUUUGAGAAAGAAGGACUGACCCCGAGUAGGCAAAAAACACUGACGACUGAGAGCUACCCCGUGAUGCUCUGGUGGUCCCCGCUGACCGGGGACACCAGGAGGCUUGGCCAAUGCGGGGCAGACACUUGCUUCUUCACCAUCAACAGGACCUACCUCCAUCAUCGCAUGACCAGAGCCGUCCUUUUCUAUGGUACUGACUUUAACAUAGACAGCUUACCUCUGCCUCGGAAGGCCCGUCACGACUGGGCCCUCUUCCAUGAGGAGUCUCCGAAAAACAAUUACAAGCUGUUUCACAAGCCAAUCAUCACCUUGUUCAACUACACCGCCACCUUCAGCCGGCAUUCCCACUUGCCACUAACCACCCAGUACUUGGAGGGCGUGGAGGUCCUGAAGUCCCGCCGAUACCUGGUCCCCUUGCAGUCCAAAAACCACCUGCGGACGAGACUUGCCCCGCUGGUGUACGUGCAGUCCGACUGCGACCCGCCCUCGGACAGGGACAGCUACGUCCGCGAGCUGAUGGCUUACAUCGAGGUCGAUUCCUACGGCGAGUGCCUGCGGAACAGAGACCUCCCUGAGCAGCUGGCGGACCCGGCCUCCAUGGACGCCGACGGCUUUUACAGGAUCCUUGCCCAGUACAAGUUCAUCCUGGCUUUCGAGAACGCGGUGUGCGACGACUACAUCACCGAGAAGUUCUGGAGACCGCUGAAGCUGGGCGUGGUCCCCGUGUAUCACGGCUCCCCCAGCAUCGCGGACUGGCUGCCGAGUAACAGAAGCGCUAUCCUGGUCUCGGCGUUCUCCCACCCCCGGGAGCUGGCCGGGUACAUCAGGCAGCUGGACCGCGACGACGGCCGGUACGCGGCCUACAUCGAGUGGAAGCUGAGGGGCGAGAUCUCCAACCGGCGGCUCCUCGCGGCUCUCGCGGAGCGCAGGUGGGGCGUGCAGGACCUCAGCCAGGACAACCACAUCGACGCCUUUGAGUGUAUGGUGUGCACCAAGGUCUGGGACAACAUCAGGCUCCAGGAGAAGGGCUUGCCACCCAAAAGGUGGCAGGCAGACGUUACCCACCUGAGCUGUCCGGAGCCUACAAGGUUUUCUUUCUCACCCCUGGCCCCACGCCGGAGCUCGUUGCGAGAGAUGUGGAUACCGAGCUUCCAACAAUCCAAGAAAGAAGCCCAGGCACUAAGGAGGCUGGUCGAUAGGAACCAAAACUUCUCAGCUCAAGAGUUUUGGGCUCUAGUAUUCAAGGACUAAUACCAGAAAGUGUCCGAGUUUUAUUUUCUAGGCUGCCUUAAUAUUUGAAUGUCACAGCUGCUCUGUUGACUAUCCUUAGGGUAAGAAUUAAUUGCUGCAGUACUCAUAAUGAGCUCUACCGAAUGAUAGAUUGAAUUACCCUUAGGGUUCACUUCUCUACUGUUUAUACUAAAAAAGUAAAUAUUUCUUACGGACAACUGGUCACCUUCAGUAUGGACCCAAGUACCUGCCACCUUUUGUGGAAAUUCGCCUAAUGCAGAUGAGCGUUUUCCUUGCUGCCAGGAAACCCUGCAAGGAAGGCAGAGCACGUAGCCAUGGACGCUUAUCCUCACCUGACCGUCUGCAUUUAUUGGUAUUUGGCGAGCCCAGGGUCCUGGUGCUGAGCACGAACAUGCAGUGUGUGAGAACUUGGCAGUGAGAGAGCCCCUCUGGCCGUGUCCAGGGAUGUGAGUGGGUCCGGAAGGCUGUGAGAAAGCACUCUUCUAGCUACUCGCAUCUAAAGAACAUAGCACGUCUCUGCCUUCUCCAGACUCUCAGCCACCUCUCCACUUUUCUUAUUGUCACCUCACCCUGUCUCCUCCCCCUGCUCCUCCCUAACGUGGAACGUCUUGCGAAGACGUGUCUCCUUGUGUGUUUUGAUCGCUGACGGGGAUGGAGACCUCUGGGAGACUGUCAUGUAUAGCCUGACAAAUCAGCCUGGGCUCUGAGUGACUGUGUAGAGCAAAGCGUUCCACACCAUCACCACCAACCACAAUGACUUGAAACCGCCCUGGGCUGUUAGAAACCCCGAAGAAGGCCGCGGUGUAAGCGCUCCCUUGCUUCCGACUCCCCUGGCGUUUUUCCAUGUGGC